AUGAGAUCGACCGGCUCCCAUGAUGAAGAAAUGGAGGUUUGCCUGUCUUCUUUUCCUUGGAUAUGUUAGGCCACUCAAAUAAAGAUGACAUCAAGAUUUAAAGGUAGGACUGUCCAACGUGGGUGCUCACCUUUCUCUGUCACGCUCUGGUGGGUGCUGCUAUGUUGUGGUUCAGAGGGAGUGGCAGGUGUGAGCAAGGGUGACAACUCAUUGUUUUUGGAAUGGAAAGAGGACUAGGUUUCUGAUGAAGUAAAGGCCAAGGACUCAGGGUGUGGCUGAAUGUUUGAAUCCAAGAUAAAUAGAUCUGCGUAUUAAAGGUGCUCGCCGUAUACCUGGAUAAAAAGCCUUUUGUUUUCCAAGCUGCUUCUGAAGGAGGAAGGGGAGAUAGGUUGUGAUGGCUCCCACAGAAGAUAGGAUGUUGGUGCCUUAAUCAUUCUCAAGGGCAUGGUGGCUAAGUUGUAGGUUUCCCUCGUCAUCAAAGCUCUUCCUUGGAUGAUGCUUCCUGAUAGCUUCAGUCUUCUUACUGACACACCCAGCAUCGUGUUCCUCCACUGAACAUGGCCUUCCUAACAUCUGGAUGUUUUUCACUGGUUUCUCUUAGUUCCCCCUCCCCCCUCAACUUGUUAAUUGCUUUUCUUGUGUGCCUUCAUAAAGUUGUAGCCAGUCUGUUCUCUUUUGGACUGUUUAUCUUUGACAUGCCAGACUUCUUGAAACAUCAUAAUGUUGUGUAAUGAGCAUAACUUCUGCCUUGACAUGUGGGUGUUAAGAGCAUUAGUCAUUGUAAAGUAUUGAGUUAAAUAUUUCCAAUAAAAGGUUGUAAUGAUCUAACAGAGAGGAAAGAAGCUAUAACCCUCCCAGUUGAUGGCGUUUAUGGUGAGCCAUGUACUUAGUGGGUUCCCCAAGCAAGUCUCCUGACUUAGCAUAGAUGUACAAACCUUCUUAUUCUGCAUAGUGAGAGAGGAGAGAGAUGGACAGUUCAAAGGGACGUCAUUGUCACACAUGAAGAAAAGCACCAACCGUUCAGGUUUCCAGAGCUUUUGCUCCCGAGUCUUUAUCAGUCAUGGAUCUUUCACUCCCACAGGAAAUGUUAAAGCCUGCUGGGAGCCAUUAUCAAUAGAGACUCCUGGGCUGUGUCUUAAGCAUCAUUAAAGGCCCUUAGGUUUGUAAUAAUGUUCAGUCAGUGUUGGAGAGCUGUCAGAGAGUUCUCGACAGGGCUGUGGCGAGCCAGAAUCUUCGUGAGUGAAUGAAAAACGCCUGCACGACCAAGUUGGCUUUAUGAAGAGUUUUGGGCAGCAUUACUCACUAUGAAACUAUGUUCCUGUUGCCCUGGUUUAUCUCCACAGACAUUAGUCCACGGCAGAAGGUUGACUACUUGUCUCUCCGUGUCUCUGGGCAUCUGAAGAUGGUUGAGCAGUUCUGCAGAGCAUCCUGGAGCCUCCAAGCCUCCGUUAAGCUCCUCCAGUAUGACAUCACGCAUCUUGCUACGCCAGCAACUCAUGCGUGAGCAGAUGCAGGAGCAGGAGCGCAGGGAACAGCAGCAGAAGCUGCAGGCAGCCCAGUUCAUGCAACAGAGAGUGCCCGUGAGUCAGACACCAGCCAUAAACGUCAGCGUGCCCACCACCCUUCCCUCUGCCACCCAGGUGCCGAUGGAAGUCCUCAAGGUGCAGACCCACCUGGAAAACCCCACCAAGUACCACAUACAGCAAGCCCAGAGGCACCAGGUAAAGCAGUACCUUUCUACCACAUUAGCAAAUAAACAUGCCAGCCAAGUCCUGAGCUCGCCAUGUCCAAACCAGCCUGGCGACCAUGCCAUGCCACCAGUGCCGGGGAGCAGCGCACCCAACAGCCCCAUGGCUAUGCUCACUCUUAACUCCAACUGUGAAAAAGAGGCGUUUUAUAAGUUUGAAGAGCAGAGCAGGGCAGAGAGCGAGUGCCCAGGUAUGAACGCGCACUCUCGAGCGUCGUGCAUGCAGAUGGAUGAUGUAAUUGAUGAUAUCAUCAGCCUGGAAUCAAGUUAUAAUGAAGAAAUCUUGGGCUUGAUGGAUCCAGCCUUGCAAAUGGCAAAUACGUUACCUGUCUCUGGAAACUUGAUUGACCUGUACAGCAACCAAGGCCUGCCACCCCCGGGCCUGACCAUCAGCAACUCUUGUCCAGCCAACCUCCCCAACAUAAAAAGGGAGCUCACAGCGUGUAUUUUCCCCACAGAGUCUGAAGCAAGAGCAUUGGCUAAAGAGAGGCAAAAAAAGGACAAUCAUAACUUGAUUGAACGAAGAAGAAGAUUUAACAUAAAUGACCGCAUUAAAGAACUAGGUACUUUGAUUCCCAAGUCAAAUGAUCCGGACAUGCGGUGGAACAAGGGAACCAUUCUAAAGGCCUCUGUGGACUACAUCCGAAAGUUGCAACGGGAACAGCAACGUGCAAAGGACCUUGAAAACCGGCAGAAGAAGCUGGAACACGCUAACCGGCAUCUGCUGCUCAGAGUACAGGAGCUUGAGAUGCAGGCUAGAGCACAUGGACUUUCCCUUAUCCCAUCCACUGGUCUCUGCUCACCGGAUCUGGUGAACCGCAUCAUCAAGCAAGAGCCGGUCCUUGAGAACUGCAGCCAGGAACUUGUCCAGCACCAGGCAGACCUGACGUGUACAACGACCCUGGAUCUCACGGACGGUACCAUCACCUUCACCAACAACCUUGGCACCAUGCCGGAGAGCAGCCCGGCCUAUAGCAUCCCCAGGAAGAUGGGCUCCAACUUGGAAGACAUCCUGAUGGACGAUGCCCUCUCGCCGGUUGGCAUCACCGACCCGCUGCUGUCGUCAGUGUCCCCAGGAGCUUCCAAAACGAGCAGUCGGAGGAGCAGUAUGAGUGCAGAAGAAACGGAGCAUGCGUGUUAGCGAGCUCACCCUGCUCUGUGCUGCCUCUGCGCAAACUGCUUCCUCUCUUCUUCAGUAGACUCCAAAACUUACCUGAAGAGGUUUUCUUGAUAAUUUUCCUUUAAUAUGAAUUUUUCAUGCUUUAUCAGUAGCCCAGGAUAUAUUUUAUUUUUAGAAUUUUUGUGAGCCAGACUUGUAUAUUCUAUUUUACAACUACAAAGGCCUCCAAAGUAUUGUACCAUCAGCGUGCAGUAUCUGUGAACUGAUUUCUCGAAGUGUGAGCUUUCUGAGCAAGGGGACAUUUGCUUCAGAGAAGUGUCUGUCCAUUUUCAUUCAGGGGAAAACUAAACUUGGUGUGAGCUUUGUCUGUCUGUGACCUCCUUGGAAACUAACAUGUAAAGUUUAAUUACAUGAAUGUAAAGAAACCAAAAGAAGAAAACGAAGAUGAUGAUGAUGAAAAAAAGUGGAAAAGACAUCCAAGCCCUCUCCACAUCAUAAAUGCAUUGAUUCCCUGGUACUGCCUUAAAGACAUAGGGCCCUCCCAGCAUCUUUGUACUGAAAACUACUCAAAGGAAGAUACAUUACAUAAAGACAAAUAUAUCGGUCAAUUUCAUGAGGAUUGUCUGGUUAGAAAAUGUAACUUAUGCUAACCCAAACUGAAGGGAGAUAUUAGACCAAGACAUGAAACAUAGGACCUAACCUUUCUGGCUUUUAUUGGGCGCAGUUACAGUUUUCCUCAUAAAUAAGUGUGAUUCGAUUUUUCAUAAGAUGUGUUUUAUUUUGAAAUGAAAAUGAAUGUCCUCUCUGAGAAAAAUAUCAAGGAGCACCGGAAGUUUGCUUCAUUUUUCUUUUUCAUUUUUGCUUUUGAUAAAGACAGCCGAACUGGGCACAUUUCUAAUUGGCUUUACUAUUUUUAUUUUUAAAUUAUGUUUUAGUCAUUUUGAUGGUAUAGAUUCUUUAUUAUCAUCAUUUUUUUCAAUGUUUGUAUUAAUUUGUAAGAAUAUGCAUCUUGAAAUGGUGAGUUUUCAAUAUUUUUACAACUCACUGAUAGUUCUCGGCAUUCUUUGUACACCCAUGAAAGACUACUUUUACGCAAGUCUUGUGUUCAAAGAGAGCUUUGCAAAUAUUUUGUAUAUUCCAGUAUCACUUGAAACUGUUUUUCAACACAUUUAAGGUAUAGUAUUAAUAGGUUAAAAACCAGGCUUUCUAGAAAGAAAUACUUACAUAUGCAUUUCUAGGAUAUGAAAAUAACUAUAUUCUUGAAGACUGAUAACCACAGCAUUUACUGUGCCCACAGUGGUCAUUUAAAUUGAGAUUUAUUUCAGUCAACUGGCUGGAUUCUUUUUAAAGAGGGAAAUACUGUAUUGGCAAAUUACUUGAUAACAAUGUUUAAACCAAGAGGCAACAUUGUAAAGUUAGUUUCUGUGCAUUACCUACUUGCGUAGCCCUAUGCAAUAACUGUAGAGUUAUACGUAUCAAGUCUAUAUGUUUUAUACAGAUGAUAUAUAGUGUUACAUGCCAGGCUGCUGAAUGGAAUUUCUCAGUAGCAACCUAUGAUUGGAUAGUGAGUGGCAUAAAGCAUAUCCUUUCAGAAUGAAGUGCCUUAAAUAUCUCAGCAGUCUUUUUUGGACCAGCACUGACUGAUCUGUAAAGUAAGAAAGUUUCAAGAUGGUAUCUGGAGUGAAGAGAGAAGAUGUAGCAUGGUGCCUCUGUAGACAUUCUAAGAGCUUCCAAUUUCCCUUCAGAUAUUUUUAAUAUGAAAUAUAUUUUACUGACAGUGCCAAAUUCUUUCAUCAGAAAACCUUUUUCAGGAAGGUUUUUUCUUUCUUUCUUUUUUUUUUAAAGUGUUUAAACGUCAAAUGUGAAUUGGUGAUGGGUGAUGGAGAGAUCCAGGAGGAGUGAUUGUCAGAUGUAUGAAUGGAUGGCUUUGGUGAGAAUUGUCAAUGUGCGGUUCCCAUGCAUGUUGGGUAAUGCAAAUCCUUGGAAACACUGAUGAUGCUAUCCAGUCUUGUAGCUUUAUUACUUAAGGGGGUAGGGAAAAUAAGUUCCCAUUCUUUCAACCUCCUUAAGUGUGUGACUUUUCCUAGAAUAGAAAUGCAAAUGUGCAUGAACAGAUAAUUGUACCAUAGUGUUCACCAAUACAAUCAUAGCAUUGUCUGUUUUUCUCUUCAUAUUUGUGGGGGGGGGAGGGCUGGAUGCAGAAAUUGAAGAUCGCAAUGCUAUGAUUCUAGUUUUUCUUAGUUGAUUCUGACGUUUUUUUUUCUUUUUAAAUAAUUGAACAAGGUUUCACAAGGUUGACUAACCCACGGCUGAGUGACUAUGGCCAAGGCAGAGCGACUUUCUAGAAAGCUUUGUUGGGAGAAAGUAUGGCAUAUUGCACCGCUCCCCUGAUUUGUAACCUCCUGGGCUUGUCAUCGCGGCCUUUCCUGGCGCCUUCGUCAGAAGACACAGCCGCUGGGAGAGGCGGGCAAGCAAUUUGGAGGCUGCCACGUGGGGGUGGUUUUAUUUAUUUCUUUUGUGCCAGCGAGAAUGUGGAUUCUUUCAGGGACCGGUUAAGCUAAGAGGCAGUAUUUUUGCUCACUGUUCUUAAGGAAAGAAAGAUCCAUGCCACUCCCCCACCCCUGGGUGCAGAAUUGUGACUCAGGGUUGUACCUCCGUUUGGAGUGCUCAAUAUACCAAAAUUAUCUACCUUCCUCUGGGUAACAUAAUGGAAAUACCAAACCUUCUAACUUUGCCAAAACAACAACAACAAAAAACUACUCAACCAAUCUGGUCAUACCCAGAUCAUAACACAGUUCAGUCUGGUUGUUUAUAAACAGUAAAGCAAUAAGAACAAAUGAAAUACACAGGACAUUGAAAGAUACAAAGCACAAAGGAAUGCACUUAUUAAUAUUUUUGAAAAAUGCACUGGGGAGAAGUUGAUAACAGUAUAAACAGCAACCCGACUUCUUGACAACGACAACAAAUGACCGUCUCUCGCGGACACUUGCUACUGUAACGUCAAUAACAGCCCCUGCUGUUGGGUGCGGCAAUCCUUUCUGUAUGUCCACAGCACUGUAUAUUAUGAUUGAUAUUAAUGUAUCCAAUGAAAUAAUUGAACUGUUGUUCUUCAUAGCCUCAUUAAAGCAUUUGGUUUUUCACA